AUGGCCAACAGUGCAGUCUCUGAGCCAUUCCCCAUCACCUUAACGAGCGGUCGAUACAUGGUCUAUGACGUCCAAACCAUUGCACACGUUCAGCAGAAUCACGGCAUCGAAGGCGCAUCGCAGGCACUCGAACAGUACAACCCCCUCGAACUAAGAUCCGAAGAUGUCGCAUUACUAGUCAACAAAGGCGCUGCUCACAUCAUCAGAGACGAUAAGAGCAAGCCACCACAAUCACCCUCGACUGCGCCAGUAUCACCAAAUGGCAUUCCCAAGAUUGCUACGGCCAGCGACAAUACACAAGACGUUUGGAAUGACAUUCCUGAAGACAUGUUCGCCUCGCGGGGAAGGACAAACAAGACCAAGAAGAAUCGCGCCCGCCUCGGUGUGUCACCGUUGCCUUCUACUGCGCCAGGGAGCCGUACCGCUAGUGCUGGUGGGCUCCCGCCUGGUGGUCCUCCAUUGAGGCCUGCUGCUUCACAACCAAUGUUGCGUCCGCCACCUCCGCCUUCGCGACAGACCUACUCCUGA